AUGUCACCAAUUGCAGAUAGCGAGGAGUAUGGAACCGAACGCGCUGGUGCCUCAACCACCGUGGUUGUAGUGGGCGCUGGACCGUCUGGUUUGAUGCUUGCAAACAACCUGACGCGCUUUGGAGUUUCUGUCGUAAUUCUCGAUGAUCGCCCCGACAAAACGUCCACAGGAAAGGCAGAUGGUAUGCAGCCAAAGACUAUCGAGACUUUCAAGCAACUUCGCCUCGCAGACCCGCUUUUGAAGAAUGGCGCUAAGGUCUUCGAUAUCUCCUUUUGGGAAUCAACAGCCGACCAGCCUAUGCACCGCACCGGACGCAAAACGCAUUACCCCGAUCAUCUUGUUGGAGCGUCGGAUCCUUAUAUUUUAUUGGCUCAUCAGGGAAUGGUUGAAGAGGUCAUGAUCGAUGACAUGGAGUCAAGGGGCGUGUUCGUGACUCGCAACGCUCGCUUCACUUCAUGCUCACUCUUGGAUGGGACAAAUCGGCUAGAAAUCCAGUAUGAAGAUACUUCAGCAAACACAUCUCGCACCACCAAAGCGGAUUACCUUGUGGGAUGUGAUGGUGCGAGAUCGAAGGUCAGGUCGUUUAUCCCCGAUGCCGAUCUGGAGGGUGAGAUCACCAAUGCAGCCUGGGGGGUGAUGGAUGGAGUGAUCGACACGGACUUCCCCGACUUAUGGAGUAAAGUGGCUCUUCGGUCUCACUCUGCUGGAUCGAUUUUAUUGAUUCCGCGGGAGAGAGGCAUGACCCGGCUGUAUGUUGAGUUGAGCUCUACCGGAGGAGAGCGCGUCGACAAGGCUAAAGCCACCCCUGAAUAUGUGACACAGCGGGCAAGAGAGGCAAUGGACCCUUUCAAACUCGAGUGGAAAUCGGUGGAAUGGUUCGGCACAUACGUUGUCGGCCAGCGGGUAGCAAAGCGGUUCAUGGACCCAAGCGCAAAGAUUUUCAUCGCAGGUGAUGCGGGACAUUGCCACUCGGCUCUCGCUGCCCAAGGUGCCAACACGAGUAUGCACGAUAGCUUCAACCUAGCGUGGAAGCUCAAUCUAGUUGCUAGAGGACUGGCCAAGCCAUCCUUGCUGAAUACAUAUGAGGAGGAGAGACAGAAGAUCGCACACGAUUUAAUCAACUUCGAUGUUGAGCACUGCAAAGCCUUUUCGGAAGGCGAAACCGCGCUCGCUAAGAACUUCGAUGACAAUAUCAGAUUUAUUGCGGGUGUCGGGGCUGAGUAUACCCCUGGGAUGCUCACGCAUGUGUCACCGACCACAUCUCCCCUUCAAGCUGGAAUGUUGCAGCUUCCAGCUCAGGUGACUCGGUAUAUUGAUGCCAAUCCAGUGGACAUUCAAUUGGAUAUUCCACUGUUGGGGCAGUUCAAGAUUUAUAUAUUUGUCCCAACACUUCGAAAAUCCCUUGGUGACUUGGGAGCCUUAUGCGAGGAGCUUGAAAACUCGCUCCAAAGGUUCACUACUCAAGCGGAUCGAUCAUUUGAGAAGCAUUCUCGCAGCCAUGGUCCUUCAGAUGACUUCCAACAGCAUCAACGCUACACUGCCGUUUCUAAUGCUUUCACUCUUUCAAUGGUGACAAAGUCUGCUCAAUCUGAGUUCGAAAUCCUAGAGCUUCCAGAGAUUCUUCAGAAGAGUCGUUGGACUUUGUACCUUGACAACAUACAAGCUCAGAGUUGUACCGAAAGGUGGUUUGGUGAUAUGAAGGAAGGUGACAUCGGGAUCACUGUCGUCAGACCAGAUGGCUACAUUGGAAUGAUUCACACUUUGAAUGCAUCGAAAGUGGAAGUCAUGGGGGGCUUGUUAGAUAAAUAUUUUUCAUUCAUGGUCUAA